AUGGCCAGGCCACGCCUCAUCAUCGUCAUUCGCCAUGCCCAGUCGGAGGGCAACAAGAACCGCGACAUCCACCAGACCAUCCCCGACCACCGCGUCCGCCUCACUCCCGAGGGCUGGGCCCAGGCAAACGACGCCGGCCGCCGCCUGCGCGCCCUCCUCCGCCCCGACGACUCCCUCCAAUUUUUCACCUCGCCCUACCGCCGCACCCGCGAGACCACAGAGGGCAUCCUCGCCACCCUCACCUCGGACGACCCCGAGCCCUCGCCCUUUCGCCGCCCCGCCAUCAAGGUCUACGAGGAGCCGCGUCUGCGCGAGCAGGACUUUGGCAACUUUCAGCCCUGCAGCGUCGAGAUGGAGCGCAUGUGGCAGGAGCGGGCCGACUACGGCCACUUCUUCUACCGCAUCCCAAACGGCGAGAGCGCCGCCGACGCCUACGACCGCAUCAGCGGCUUCAACGAGAGCCUGUGGCGCCAGUUUGGCGACGACGACUUCCCCAGCGUCUGCGUCUUGGUCACCCACGGCCUCAUGUCGCGCGUCUUCCUCAUGAAGUGGUAUCACUUCACCGUCGAGUACUUCGAGGACCUCCGCAACAUCGACCACUGCGAGUUCCUCACCAUGCGCAAGCAGCCCGACGGCGGCAAGUAUCUCCUCGAGAACAAGCUGCGCACCUGGUCCGAGCUGCGCCGCGAGCGCGCUGUCGUCAACGGCAAGGACGACAACGCGAGCCCCCGCACCGUCGUCGUCAACCGCCGCUGGGGCGGUUGUCCCAACGGCUGCAACCACACCAACCACUUCAACAAGCGCCACGAUCUCGACGCCCUGCGCCAGCGGGACAUUGAGCGCAGCGGAAAGCCCACCAACGGCUCCGGCGCCGCCAUGACCAUUGCCAGUCGCAGGCAGCGCCAUCACCACCACCGCGCUAACCGCCCCCAAGACGCCGACGCCGACGACCCAGGUGCAGCAGCCGCUACCACAACCGCUACCGCCACCGUCGACAACGGCGACGGCGGCGGCGGCGGCGACGACGACGAUCACGCGGUCCCAAAUCCCGCGCCGGCCCCCCGCGCCCGCACCCGCACCCUCGAGGACGUCCUGUCCUCCCCCGACGGCACGCCCUCCUUCAUCACCGCCUCGCACCGCCUCCGCGGCUUCAAGCCGCACGCCCACCACCACCUGCACGUCGGCCGCGACUUUGGUGGCUCCUACUCGGGCCACAAUUCCAUGGCCGGCAGCGACUCGGACCCUUCGUCUGUCGACGACGCCAAUGACGCGCCCUCGCGCCGCCCGCCCGCCUGCCACAACGGCCCCUGCACCGACGGCCACGACGCGGAUGCCGACACCGACGGCGGCGGCGGCGGCGACGUCGACGACGACGACGACGAGAAUGGAGAAUGCGCCGACGGCAGCUGCGCCCUGGCCAACCGCCUAGGCGACGACCCGCGCUCCGCCGCCCUCGACGACUUGGACAAGGCCGAGCGCGAGGACCGCAGCGUCCAGGGGAGCCUCUACUGA